AUGCGGUCUGUUUCCUCUCAACCGAGACACUCCGAGUUUUAUUUGCAGGAUGAGCUAUCUGUUUUCCUUGUAGACGGGGUGUUAUUCCGUGUACACCGCUUUUUUUUGCAGCGCGAGUCGGAUGUGUUCCGCACUAUGUUUGUGUGCCCUCCGACGCAAGACGGGCCUGAAGGACAAAGUGAUGACAGGCCCAUCGUCUUGCCUGAAGUCACAGUUGCCGAAUUUGAGUGCUUGCUCAAGUUCCUAUACGAUGGGGGCACCUCGCCAUCUCCUUUCUCAACAGCAGAAGACUGGGUCAGACUGCUGUCGAUUGCGACCCGCUAUGGAAUGGAGCGUAUCCGUGCGAGAGCGUUGCAUGAACUAGAGUGCCUCCCACCGCUUGAUCCCAUCCAGAAGAUCAUCCUGGCGCGGAAGCACGACGUGCAGGAGUGGCUGUUGCCCUCUUACGUAGCGUUGUGUCUAAGGCGGCAGCCUUUGAAUGUGCUCGAGGCUGUCGAACUCGGGUUGGAGACCAUGGUUCUGAUAGCGAUGGGAAGAGAGUCCGUGAGGGACCCUAAUACUCUGAGAGAAUUCGAGGACACAAGGCAACGACUGAGCUAUGAAGAAUUUAUGACGGACGUCGUUUCUGACAUAUUCGGCAGAUGAAGAGGUU